AGUUACUCGGCACCAGCAGUGAGUGUGGCGUGUGCAUCCAAUGCAUCCACAUCCUUUCGUUUCAACCAACGUGGAGCGACCCCCCAAGCCACCCAUCUAUAUUACUAUUCACUCGGCUUCUGGUAGGUUUCCUCAUGUAGGUAGAUCUCCCAGACCUGUCACGCAUUCAUGCACUCUGGUUGCCCUAGGCAAACAGUACUUACUAUGGUAAGUACUUUAAAGCACUUGCCGACACACAUACAUACAGACAUAUUAAUAAGUAAGUACAGCCUUUUGAGAAUUGAUGGAUA